AUGUCUGGGUUUGAUGAUUCCUAUAGUCCAGAGUUGAAAGGAAAGAUUCAUCCUUUGGAUUUCGCCAAUAUUAUGUAUCGGUUCAACUAUCAAAUCGAAGUGUUCUAUGGAGCAUUCAUACAAUUCCAAGUCACCAAUAUAAUUACCCUUGUCAUUUGUGUAAUUCUCUUUAUUCUCUCUAUUCUCAAAAUCACCGAUCAAUGGUUGAAUUUAGAAAUCACUGGUGCCAUUGGAUUAUUGGGUGUUGUCGGUAUGUUUGCAUAUAUUAUAAGUGGUAAUAAAAAAAUUCUUAAGAGUUGUGAAGAUUUUGCUUUGGAGUUAACUAAUCGUAGUAACACUUGGUUAGAUUUCGAAUUGUUACAAUAA